UCCUCACAGGACUUUCCCUGGAACGUGUAAUCACUCCCAUCUUACAGAUGUGCAAACCUCAGUUCUGAGGGGAGUUAGGUAAAACUGACCCAGGGGUCUGCAACAUUUAAAUGGCAGAACUAAGGUACGAACAGACAUGUAUAUGGAAAUAAUCUAAGUUAAUAUUUCUAGUUUUGAGCUGGCAAAAUCUUUUUAGCCCCAUGGAUGACUCUUGUCUUCCAGUUCACUUUAAGCAGUUUAAAAUGACCAUGAAUGUUUGUUCCGUCAUCACCGUUACUGGCUAACGUUGUCGAGAGCUCAUAAGAUACUUGACACUGUAAAAAAGAGGUCCUUUGUGACGAUUUAUUGGGUCACAGAAUUGCUGGAGCUUUCUAGGCACAUGUGGUAUCUCUACUGCUGCUCCAGCAACUGUUGGUAUUUGUCACUCCUUUUUCUAAAAACAGGCGUAGAUAAACAUCAACGGUAAACAUCAAAUGCAGUGGAAUAACAUUCAUAUAACAUGUUAAGUAUAUUCUUUGAGAAAGUAAAUAUAACGUAUUAAAGAUAAAAUUAUUUUAAAUUUAGAGUAAGAAUAAAGGAACCUGAAAAAGUUGGAGAAGAUAAACUAUAUUCAGUCCGCAAGCCAGGAGAUCAACAAAGUAGGAAAUGCACAAUUUUGAGGAUGAGUUAACGUGUCCCAUUUGUUAUAGUAUUUUUGAAGAUCCUCGUGUACUACCAUGCUCUCAUACAUUUUGUAGAAAUUGUUUGGAAAAUGUUCUUCAGGCAUCUGGCAACUUUUAUAUUUGGAGACCUUUACGAAUACCACUCAAGUGCCCUAACUGCAGAAGUAUUAUUGAAAUUGCUUCAACUGGUAUCGAGUCUUUGCCUGUUAAUUUUGCAUUAAAGGCUAUUAUUGAAAAGUACCAGCAAGAAGACCAUCCAGAUAUUGUUACCUGCCCUGAACAUUACAGGCAGCCAUUAAAUGUUUAUUGUCUACUAGAUAAAAAAUUAGUUUGUGGUCAUUGCCUCACCAUAGGUCAACAUCAUGGUCAUCCUAUAGAUGAUCUUGAAAGUGCCUAUCUGAAAGAAAAGGACACGCCUCAAAAACUCCUUGCACAGUUAACUGACACACACUGGACAGAUGUUACUCGUCUUACUGAAAAGCUACAAGAACAAAAAUUUCAUUCUGAGAAAAUGGUCCAAGGUGAUAAGGAAGUUGUUCUCCAGUAUUUUAAGGAGCUUAGCGAUAUAUUAGAACAGAAAAAAAAUUUCUUCCUAACUGCUCUCUGUGAUGUUGGAAAUCUGAUUAAUCAAGAAUACACUCCACAAAUUGAAACAAUGAAAGAAAUAAGAGAGCAGCAGCUUGAAUUAAUGACACUUACAACGUCUUUGCAAGAAGAGUCUCCACUUAAAUUUCUUGAAAAAGUCGAUGAUGUCCGUCAGCGUGUGCAGACCUUGAAACAAAGACCACUUCCUGAAGCUCAACCUGUUGAAAUUUAUCCUCGAGUAAGCCAAGUACUAAAAGAAUGGUGCAGAACAGAAAUUGGACAAAUUAAGAAGGUCCUCAUUCCUGAAAUGAAAAUUUCCUCAAAAAAGAUGCCAUCGUCCUGGCCUGAUAGGGAUGAAAAAGAAGUUGAAUUUUUUAAAAUUUUAAACAUCGUUAUAGUUACACUAAUUUCAGUGAUACUGAUGUCGAUAUUCUUUUUUAACCAACACGUAAUCACCUUUUUAAAUGAAGUAACUUUAGUAUGUUUUUCUGAAGUCUCUCUAUCUGUUUAUCAAAGUUUUUCUAACAGUCUGUAUGAUUUAAAGGAUAGCCUAUGUUACACUUUAUAUUUGCUGAAGGAAUUUAUGUGGAAAAUAGUUUCUCACUGAAAAUUCAAAUCUCGACUUGCUUAAAUAGGCUUAAUCUGUACUCAAAAGACUAAAUGGAGAAAUAGGGAUAGCAUGGAUAAAAAGCUAAUUUUAGAGUUACAACAAAUAUAAAUAUAUAGAAAUAUACUUUUCAUACUUCUGUUGGAUAGAAAUGUGUGAAAGAAGCAAGACAUGUCUGAAACAUGAUUCCAAUCAUUAGAAAAUGAGAAUAAAAUCUAUUAUAUAGUUUUUAUUAAAAAUAUAUUAUCCCAUUUUUGACUUGAUAUAAGUUGACUUAAUAUUGCACUGUGACAUUUAAGCAUUCCUGUACCUACCAGUAUUAUUUUACCAUAAUUAUAUACUGCAGUGGUUGGCUUUGCAAUUCUUUACGUAGCUUUUAGACUGAAAGAUGGCAAAAACCUGAAAGUGUCUGUGCCUUUAUCUACCUUUUGAAUGGUGCAUAAAGGUGGUGAGAAGUAGUUUUUAAAGUCAAGCAGUGCAGUAUAAAAGUGAUAAGGGAUUAGUUAAAGAUUUUUCUAUUUGAUCAAACAUUUCCUAAGCCACACAUCUAAUGUGUUUUAAAUUAAGAGCCCUAAAAUUUUUAUAAACAUUCAUUCCAAAUAAAGCUGUUGGCUUUUGGAUAAUCUGGUAAGAGGGAACAGUGACAUUUUCUAAUAAUUGUCAUAUUCUAUAAUUUAUUGUACACAGGGUCACUAUGAGUCAGAACCAACUUGACAGCACCUAACAAUGAUCUGUUGUAAAUUUAAGAUUGUAUUUGAUCUUGUAUAGUGUUUUAGUUUUGCCACUAGUUAAAUGAGUUAUUGGGUAAAAACUCUAAAACAUGUUACUUGAAUUAUGUGAGCAGAAUGGAAUUGGUGACAUUCCAGUCUCACCAGAUUUUGAUGGCAUCAUGUGAACUUAACUUUUACUUUAGAAACAACUUUUCUGGCUCCUCAACAUUCCCUUAUGCUAAUACCUAAGUGCCAACAAUUUUAUCUAGUUUUCCUGAAUUUUGCUUAGAGAACCUACUAUAUUACCAUGUCUCUUUUUAAGUCAUUUCAUUUGAACAGUGACUACAGCUGUGAUGCUUGUGGUAGGACUUUUUUGGUUUAUUGUCCGUCCAUGCAAACUUUAGUGCAAACUGCUGCUUUCCAGCUUCCAAAAUAGACUGCUGCUCUUAGCGAUCACACUUCUAUGAGUCUCACCUAAUUUGGAGACUUUCCGGGUCAGGUUAGGCAAUGUUUCUGGCCCUCCAGAUUAUAUAUAAAAGUUUUAAUGAAUAAAUAUGGUUGUAGUAAGGGCAUUACUUCUAAAGCACUGCUAAGGGCUUAUCUGCUGAGAACAAGUCUUAAAGAAGUUUGAUUGAUAGUCUAAACUGGCCACAUUAACUCAAUUUGUGACAAAAAUCAGACUAUGCCGAGCACAAUUACUGUGGGGGCCAAGAGCACUUGAACGGUGUCACGGGUCGAGGGAGGCAUCUAUUCAGCUACUUGGAAAUGUAAAUACGUAUUAACUUCAGACUGAAGCAUUGAUUUUACUAAAAAUAUUAAGUCUUGCCACAAAAUUGGCAAUAUAUGUCUUAUCACAAAAGUGCCAUGUAUUUUAAAAUAAAUAUUAAUAUUAGUAAGCAUUGCAAUAUUAGCUAUUAUGCAUCAAGCUCUUCAUCUCCCAGUUCUGAAGUAGGUAUUAUUAACCUAUUAUUAACCUCCACUUUCUAUAGAUGAAGGAACAGGCACAGAAGUGACUUGCCCAAGGCCUUGCAGCUGCUGUUAGAACCAGAACUCAAAACCAUACCUUCACUUCAGAGCUCCUGCCAGCUCUAAAGGAUUUAAGUAGGCCAAGAUUAAUUUUAUUAGUUUCCAAGCUGUGUUUAAGAAUUAUUUGUAGCUAAAUAUUGAAGUGUACAUAUAGUGCCUAUUAACUUUUAUGCUUGACAUAACUGUUCUGUAACUUGCUAGUUUUUAGUGGAUGAGACUAUUUUUUGAUGAAUUUUAUUAAGUGUGCAUGAAUAGUCGAGUACCAAGUAACUGAUUCUUUAUACAUGCUGCUGUUCUCUUUUGUAUUUUUAACAGGAGGAUGAGACUAUAUAACUUAAAUCUUGCAAUAUUUCUAGGUUUUAUGUAUAACAAAAGUAUGCAUUUUAAUAAAUUCAUUUUGAUAUUUCAGUUGCACUGAAUGGCUUAAUUAAUAAGGCCCUGAAACUUUGGAAUUUUUACGUGAGAAUGGGUAUUAUCUACUUUAACUCUCUAAAACUUAGUAUAGAGCUACUACUCCAUUGGUUAUCAAAAUGUAAUAAAAAUAUUAAAUUUCAUCUCUACUCACCAAUGAAAAAAGUAUUAUAUAACUUUUCAAAUUACAAGGGAAGUAUACAUGCAUUAUUAAAUCCUUCCAGACUUUAUAUAAAAUGAACAUACUUGAGUUUCAGAUUUUGCUUUAUUUAGGUCCAUACUUAAUAUGUUUACAUUUUAAUGGAUAUACAGGAUACAAACUGUUAGAUUUUUAAUACCUAAUCAAUGGAGCACUGAAUGGGGCAAUUAAGUCUUAAUUCCUCAGGUCAUAUAGCUAGAAAUUGACUAGCUAGGGCCAAGACUUUUGAUUCAAUACCAAAACACCUUUAAGAACCAAGUGGUUGCGAAUUUAUUUCCAGUAGCAUUAUAAUACUUGAACCAUCACAGUGUUUAAAAAAAAAAAAAAAAAA